CGGUACGGUAGGUGGCACCUAAAAGCCCCACGAAAAGAAAGCAACGAAGAAGAAAAGAAGUCAAGACGCGUUCAAGACGCAGCGGAACUAUUGGCGUUUAUUUGUUGAGGAUAUAGUAUUUAUUAUUUUUUUUAUUAUUACCAUCAUUACUGCAGCUCUCUGUGACAUGUGGUGCAGGACCUGUAGCAAAGCGACAGACCGGGAGCAGUCGCUGAUGAUUUUAGAGAAACUGUUGCCUCAGCAGUACAGCCACACUGUGUGUAGCUACGGGUCGCUAGGAGACGUCAAUUUCAGGGCAUCCUUAAAGCUGAAGCUGUCCCGUGAAGAAGAAGCAAAGCGAUGGUUUGAAGACUUCCAGAGGUCGUCGGGCCUCACAUGGAGAGCAUCUAAAACCUACCCCAACGUCGGACGGUACAACAAGUAUCGAGUGGACUACAGGUGCAGGACGAUAAAAAGAAACACUUCUUGCCCAGCUACUCUUUUCCUGAUCUUGAAAAGGAAGCAAGAACUUGGAGAACGGAAGUCGAGGUCGGGGGAUCCUCACAUGAAAGAGGGACUCUUCCUUCACGUGAACCUGCGUAAUGAGCACAACCACCGUGGUUCAUGUGCUCAAGCCAUGAGGAGGAAAGAUGUUUCAGCAGAAGCCACUGAAAAGCUGAAAAAGCUGUUUGAAGCUGGCCACUCUCCCACAACGGCACUCGAUGUCCUCAAAUACGAUUUACAAGAGGUGGAACAGGACAACUAUGUUCACGCUGCCGCGGAUCGGUCUGUCUGUCCAGAUUUGCAGUUUUGUUACAGACUGUACUACAAACUGUUCAAAAAAAUACACGGCACAGCAGCAGUGCCAGAAACGUAUAAAGACCUUGAAAAAAAGCUUGAUGAGUACAACAAAGAGCGGGGGGAUGUCUGUGCCAGGAUGUGUCAAACCAGUGACAAUCAGCUGGUGAUUGCCAUAUGCACUCCGAUGAUGAGGAGAGUACAUGCCGGGCUGAGGGAGAGCGGUGAGAUGGUGUUUGUGGACUCCUCUGGGAAUUGUGACCGCCACGAUCACCACCUUUUCCUCCUCCUCGCCCCUUCCUCGGCUGGUAGUUUUCCGUUGGGUGUAUUUAUCACAACAUCUAAAACACAGCAAACUAUUUCAGCUGCCUUAGAGCUGCUACGGACUGUCCUUCCACCUGACAGGUUCUUCGGCCACCCGGAUGGACCUUUUGUUGCCGUGACUGGCGACUGCGCCGCACUCAGGCAGGCGCUGACUGGAGCAUUCCCAAAAGCCACGUUGGCACACUGUGUGUCCACCCUCUUUCAGGCCAUGUGGAGAUGGCUGUGGAGCAGUUCAAAUGGGGUUCCCAAGCAACACAAGCCUCACCUCCUUAAGUGCUUUAGAGAUCUGUUGUGUGCCUCCACGCCAGCGGCUCUCAUGGAGGUCUACACCAGACUGAUGGUGGACGACGUUGCCUUACAGCACACAAAGUUUGUGCGACACGUGCAGGAGGUCUACAAGCGGCGAGAGGAGUGGGCUCAGCUGCCCACCAGAGGGGACCACACCAACGACUACGCGGAAAGUGCCUUUGGGGUGGUGAAAGAGAAGCUCCUGCACCGACUGAAGGCCUACAGUGUGACGCAGUUGGUGGACUUUGUUUUCACGCGGCUGGAGGCACACUACAUCCACCGCCUCACAGAUGCUCCCAGCAGCAGCCUCAGGACGGUGAUGAAAACAGAGGACAUCUGGAGAGACUCUGUUGUGCAGGAAGACCAAGACAACUACACUGUGGCGAGCUCAUCAAAUGCUGAUGAGUCCUAUCAUGUCAACACGGCCAUCGGCUGCUGCACCUGCCCAGCAGGGAUUCAUGGUGGGCACUGUGACCAUCAGAGUGCUGUAGCCAGGACGUUUGGACACAACGAAAGCUUCCUUCGUGACUCAUCACCAGACACACGGAAGCUUUACCAUCAAAUUGCCACAGGAAAGGAUAUUCCAGACAUACGUUUUCAGAUGCUGGAUAAACCAUCUCCGCCUGAGAGAGCUGCAGGAGUUGGUUACACGUGUUGCCGUCCUGCCACAGGUGAAUUGUCCCUCAAGGAAAGGCUACACAGCAUGUUCGUGGACAUCAGCAAGAAACUGGAAAACCCUGACUUCACUCAUCCCAUCGCUUCAUUUGUAAGGACUUAUGAGAGCAUCAAAACAGACAGCGCCAUGGUGUCAGCUCUCUCCUCCUUUGGAAAGAAUCCCCAAACAGAGGCCAGAGGCUGCAAGAGGCUAAGGGACUGGAUGUAAGCCUCCUCAUAUUGGAGUGCAGCCGAUAAGACAGUCGAGGAGUGAAACUUCUUUUGAUGUAAGAGGGGUCCUGAGCACUGGACGGCACUGGAAGGUGUUUGGAAAGCAGCGUGCCUGUGGAAGAACUGUGAAGCCAAGUGCCUUUACUGCGCACUGUUCAUGUUUGUCUGUAAAACCCUGCUGUCCUUCAGCCGUCCCUCUUGUCAGAAAUGAGUCUGGACUCAUCCGAAUACUGGGGCUAAUAUUUAAACUUGAUUGUUACACAUGCAUUCAUUCAGUUAGUGUUCAGUUUUAUGACUUUACUUAACAAAAUGAAACAAUUGUGUUACUUGCUGAACUUGCUGAUUCUAAACUGUUGGUGGGAAUGACCUGUAUGAAGUCAUUUUAUCUUUCAGCUGUUUCUGAAGUCCCCAUCUGCGGCAGUUGUUCGGCAGAAUGCUGCCACACUGUUCUGUGGACUACAAAAUGUCUCCACGAGUUGAGUAGGUAAUGACGAAAAAUUCAUUUUCGGUUGAACCUAACCUUUUAAAAGGAGCAGAAAGUACCGGAAUGAUUUUUAGUUUAAAACAUUCAAAAAUGAGCUAAAAUGAUCAAUAGAAACGGAAGAAAUAUGCCAACAGACAUCCAUUUAGCUGCUGAUGAUAGCGUGCCAACAAAAUAACUGCUCCCCAUCAGCUUAACCCAUACAGAGAUUACUCUAGGUAAUAUGCUGCAGUGUGAAUUUCACAGAAAUGUACAUGUUGCACCUUAAAUUUCUGUGGGUGUUAGAGGAGUUUGUUUGCUGCACAGCUUGAGCUGGUAAUGACUGACCUGGCAGGUUAAUCUGGUUUGCGAGGCCAAGAUCAAAAUCCAUGACAUGAAAUAAAGAAAUAUUUGCCUAAAAAGGCAAGAGGGUGUUGGGUGUUUUCUAUGUCACAAUGAAAAUGAAAAAUAAAAAAUAAUGAUAAUCCA